CUCGCACAGAACCCAGAAGCCCUUUUACAUUACAGAGCUUGAUUAUAUUCUCAGCUCUCUCUCUCUCUCUCUCUCUCUCUCUCUCUCUCUCAGAGAUGGCUAUCUUGAUGAGGGUAUGUUGGUUGCUGGUGUUUGCCAUGGUUUUUUUAAGGGUAGGUUCCGGCCAAAAUGUAGACCCAGUUGGGCCAGAUGGUGGAGGGAGAAGAGAGAUGGUGCCUGCUAUGUUCAUAUUUGGAGACUCUCUUAUUGACAAUGGGAAUAACAAUGACCUUCCCUCCUUUGCCAAGGCUAACUAUUUUCCAUAUGGUAUCGAUUUCAAUGGAGGUCCUACUGGUCGUUUCUCCAAUGGCUACACCAUGGUUGAUGAAAUAGCUGAACUGCUAGGACUUCCCUUGAUUCCUCCAUACUCUGAGGCAUCUGGAGAUGCUGUGCUUCAUGGAUUAAACUAUGCCUCUGCUGCUGCUGGAAUCCUUGAUAUCACAGGCAGAAACUUUGUGAGUCGCAUACCAUUUAAUCAACAGAUAAGGAACUUCCAGAAUACACUUAAUCAGAUCACAGAUAAUCUUGGGGCAAUGGGUGUGGCUAGGGCAAUUGGGAAGAGCAUAUUCUUUGUGGGAAUGGGUAGUAAUGACUAUCUUAAUAACUAUCUCAUGCCCAACUACCCAACCAAGAAUCAGUACAAUGCCCAACAAUUUGCUGAUCUCUUGGUUCAACAAUACAAUCAGCAACUCACGACCCUUUAUAAUCUUGGAGCAAGGAAAUUUGUACUUGCAGGAUUAGGAUUAAUGGGAUGCAUUCCGAGCAUCCUGGCGCAGAGCCCUGCAGGACAAUGCUCUGAAGCGGUUAAUCAACUGAUUCUACCCUUUAAUGAAAAUGUCAAGACUAUGAUGAACAACUUCAAUACCAAUCUCCCAGGUGCAAGAUUUAUUUACCUUGACGUUACACGAAUGUUUCGAGAAAUCCUAGCCAACUCUGCCGCUUAUGGAUUUAGUGUAAUCAACCGAGGGUGCUGUGGCAUAGGGAGAAAUAGAGGUCAGGUUACAUGUCUUCCACUCCAGACUCCUUGUCCGAAUAGGGAACAAUACAUCUUCUGGGAUGCAUUCCACCCAACAGAAGCUGUGAACAUUUUAAUGGCGAGAAGGGCUUUCAAUGGGGAUACAAGCUUUGUGUAUCCUAUGAAUAUACAGCAGCUAGCCAAUCUUGAACUUGAGUCCAACUAAUAUUAAAUAAAAAAAAAAAAAAAGAAGCUAAUCUUCCCCUUUAAGCUAUUAUUAUUCAUCUAGAGAGAUUAGUAUGUGCACUAUAUCUUGGAUAAUCAAAAGACAGUUGUCUGCUACCUAUGUCUUUGAUUUUUGGUUAUGAUAUCAUCAUUUUAUAUAUAUAAAAAAAAAAUUACGUUUGAGGGCUUUGAGAAUA